AUCAUUAUUUUAUUAAAUCCAGGGGAAACACAGAAGCCAGGGGAAUGAGAAAGUAAUGUUGAAGCCGGAUACGCAAAACCUAACCUAAGCCCUUUUUCCAAGUUGCAGAGGCCAGAGCUGCUUAGUAUUUCAGUACCAGUAACAAAAUUUGAGCCUUCAAUUUGAUACUUCGAAGAUACUGGCAGCAAAUCAGCAGAGAUGGCUGCCACUGCUAGCGUAGGCAGAAAGAAGCUCACAGUGACGGCUCUCUGCAAACACUUUUCUUUAAAUCCUAAUGUUAUUCCAGCUGAUGGUUUAGAAAGCGAUGUCAAGAGUCUUUACUUAAACAUCUCAAAGGCAUCAGGACACGCGUUCAAUGACAGUAAUGAGGUGAUGAAAUGGAUAGCAUUUGCAGAAGCUUUUCCUGAAACCCCUGAACCCUCUUUUGAGGUUCUCAAGGGUUUAAAUGACGAACUGUCUGGAAAGUCUGUGCUUUUAGGCAAUGGUUUGAAACCAUCUGAAGCUGAUGUUAUAGUUUUUUCUGCUGUUCAUUCUUCCUUGACCACCCUUUCGGAGACAAACAGAGAAAAACUUCCACAUGUGUUGAGAUGGGUGGAUUACAUUCAGCACAAAGAGGAUUUUGCAGAUUUAUUUGAGAAAAUAUUGCUGCGGGUAGCUGAAUUUGAGCCUCUGAUAGCAAAACCUGUAUCAGCUGCUGAAACUGAUUCAAAAGAAUCAAAAGCAAAAAAGACCGAGGAAAGCACUAAGAAUGUAAACAAACCAGGAAUAGAAGUAAGCACAGAUAAGAGCAGCAAAGUUGAGGAAAAGGUAACAGGAGACAAGGAUGUGACUAAGAAAAAGGCAACAGGAGACAAGGAUGCUGCUAAAGGGAAUACAAAACCUGCUCAAACAGAGGCAUUAGAGAAAGAUAAAGAACUUAGUGUCAGCUUGCUAAAUAUUCAGGUCGGACUAAUUCUUAAAGCAUGGAAGCAUCCAUCAGCUGACAGUUUGUUAGUUGAGGAGAUAGACGUUGGGGAAGCCAAAUUGCGGCAGGUUGUCAGUGGAUUGGCAAAGUAUUGCAGUCCUGAUGAGUUGACGAACCGUCGUGUUGUACUUGUUACAAAUGUCAAACCUGGAAAACUACGCGAUGUUAUGUCAGAGGGACUGGUCCUAUGUGCUUCUAACGAAGAUCACACUGUUGUGGAGCCAUUGCUCCCUCCAGAAGGCGCUAAAAUUGGAGAACGUGUUUUGUUUUCUGGGAUUGAUGGGAAGCCAGAAGAUGUACUUAACCCAAAGAAGAAACAGCUGGAGAAGGUCACACCGAAUCUUUUCACUGACGAAAAGGGAGUGGCCACGUUCAAGGGAAUACCUUUCAUGACGUCAGGUGGACCAUGUACUUCUUCCAUUCCCAGAGCUUCUAUAAAAUAAUAUUGAAGAUGAGGAUAAGAUGAUGAUGAUGAAGGCACUUGUUUAUUUAUUUAGCCUUGGUGACCAUCCAGAGGCUGUACCUAUCAUUUAUCACAAAGUGUUUCAAAUUUUGAGCAAAGCGAAACCAAGAAGUCCAAGUGGGUAACAUGUUCAUCUCAGUUCCAGUUUGUACGACAUGCAUCUUCUCUAAGGCUGAUGUCUUUCACUCUGGCCCUUCUGUACCAUCUUGUUUUAGAGUGAAACCAGUACCAAAAGAAAUAUUUUUUUAACAAUAUUAAUUAAUAUUUGGAUCAUGUUUCUGAUUUUUAUUUGAUUGUGGAUAUUUUUGUUUUA